GCAGCGGGGCGGCCGCGGCCGGGAAUGCGGCGGGGGCGAAGCCGAGCGUGAGGGGCCGCGUCUGAUGGACUGGCGUUCAGAGAUAGGAGCGGGUCUGUGCCUCGGUUUCUAUAUGGCUGUUAAACUGCUGGGAAGAAAUAUUCCCUCAGUUCUGAGGAUGACCGAGGGAGUGGACCUGAAGAUAAGCAGAAGGCUGUGCACUAAACCCCAGCGAGACCUUCAGUCAAAGAUGCGUUUUGUUGGAGUUUUUUUAGGUCGAUCUGCUUCGGGGGUGCCUGGAUACAAGCCUACAGACUGGGAGAAAAGGUUUUUGGUGUGGGCAGGCCAUUUCAAAAGGGCAGAGGAUAUACCAGAGACUGUCUCGCUUGAAACAGUGAGAGCAGCUAAGACCACCCUGCGUGUGAAGUUCAGCUAUUUCAUGAUUGCCUUGACAAUAGUGGGAUGCAUCGCCAUGGUGGUCAGAGGGAAGGAGGCCAUGAAAAGACAUGAAUCUCUUACGAGCAUAAACCUGGAGAAGAAAGCCCAGUGGAGAGCUGAAGGUGCAUCUGCUAAACCGUAGAGGAAGAAACGAAGCGAUCAAGGACUGGGGUAGAAAAGCAAAGUCCCUUUCAGCACUGAGAGCAAGAUACCAUCAUAUCUUUCCUGUACGUUAGUUCUGUACACUCAUACAAGUUCUGUACACUGUUCAAGAAAGAAUAAAUAAGUUGUCCUAUAAUCAA